ACGACCGGGCGCAUGUUACAUUGGUUUAAUGCACAUUUCGUCCUCCUUCUUUUUUUAAAUAUUUACUACAAGUGCCCAAAUCAAGACAUCGGGUGAUAUGAAGGUACUAUCAGUCACAAAAUGCGCGCAGGAUGUGCAAUUUCCUUUAGAAGUGAACCGAUGCGGACAAGCCUCCGUUUGAGGAACCUGAUUCGCCCCGGAGUCUCCGCGUCCUCUUGAAGCUGGACGAUGCGCGCGGAGCUUUCCAGAUAGAUCAAUGUUGUGAACUUACAUUAUGCCUUCACUACACCAUGGCGCUAUUUUUAUUGGAGUAUUUUUAAUAGUCACCGGUGGCUCCACCGCUUUUCUAACUUCUAAUCAAAGUCGACUGCAGGCGUUCAGCAUGUGCUGCGUGGUGCUCGGGGCGGUGAUGCUCAUACUAGGGCUCUUCUGGGCGAUGAACGGCAAGAGAAACCCGGUGCCUUAUAAUGAAGAGUACAGCCACGACUACAGCCAGGUCCUGUUCACCCCGCCGCCCGGAAACCACUUCCCCGAGUCCCAGUCCGUCUUUCUGCACGGGACUUUGCAAAGGCGAGGUGUGUACGGCGAAGAUUUGGACUAUCCCCCGAUGGAGCCGACGUGUUUCAGCCCUACCAGUCGGGGUCGGCCGCCUCACUGGGACAUGGAGCCUCCCCCGCCUUACGAAGUGGCCAUCAAAACCACUCGGAGCUCCACGCACCUGAGACGCAGCUACUCAGACACGCAGCUGCUCACCGAACCCCUCUUCGGACGCUCACGGGAGAUCAGUUUCGAAGUGUGACAUCUGAGCCACGUGCGUCUCUUGAGACACGAACCGAGAAGCCGACUAGCCGCCCUAAAGUAUUCCCAAACAAGUGCUGAUGAAGCUUCAAAACAGGAACCGACAAUCCACAGCUUGCCACGGCGAGGGGCUGUUUUGUGCCUCUCGAGAUGGUCCUCGUCUUAACCCUGUGUUUACAGCCUUAUCCAGAGAGAA